AUGGCUUCAGUUCUUCUAUUACCUUCAUCAUCUUCUUCAUGUUGUUGUUCAAGGAAAAUCAAUGCUGCUAUUCAUGUCCCAAAGCUUCCAAAACUCUCUCUCUCGCUUCCAAAAAUACCAAUGAGAAAUCUAGGUGAGGAACUGAAGACAAGAGAUGGGUUCAUAAACACAAUCCCAGUAGAAAAGAUCAAUCAUGUCAUUGAUGAUAGAUCACACAACUCUAGUACAAAUAUUGUUUCCACUCAACUCUAUGCUAUCUUAGAGGCUGUAGCUGAUAGAGUAGAGAUGCACGCCAACAUUGGAGAACAGCGUGACAAUUGGAACACCCUUCUUCUAAACUCCAUCAACAUGAUGAUUCUCACUGCCGCAACAAUGGCUGGUGUUGCAGCCACAGCUGGCGGCAUUGGAAUGCCCCUUUUGGCAUUGAAAUUAUCGUCUACUCUUUUGUAUUCUGCGGCCACAGGAAUGUUGCUAAUAAUGAACAAAAUUCAGCCUUCACAGCUUGCUGAAGAACAACGUAAUGCUACAAGAUUGUUCAAGCAGCUCCAGAGCCAAAUUCAAACCAUGCUCGCCAUUGGAACUCCAACUCAAGAAGAUGUGAAGGAGGUGAUGGAAAAAGUUUUGGCACUUGAUAAAGCCUACCCACUUCCCUUGCUUGGUGCAAUGCUUGAAAAAUUCCCUGCAAAGUUUGAGCCAGCUGUUUGGUGGCCUAAAAAUCAAGUACUACAAAAGAAAAACUUUUAA